CUGUAAGUGAAACUUGAAAGUAGAGAAGCAUUUCAGUAAUGCAAUCAAAGAAAAGGAGACCCAAGCUCAGAUGAAAAGGCUGAAUAGUGAGAGACUACAGAUGAAUGAGAGAGAAGAAGAAUAUGAGACCAAGCCCAACUUACUUUGUUUUAGAAUGAAUAUUCAGUUCACUCAGAUUCAUUUCAGCCGUAAAUAUAAAUGCAGUUAGUUUAGGUUUCCAUAAAUUCAGGUUGGCUACGACUUAAGACUCUAUGCUUGCAAGACUACAUAUGUUUAUGUCAGAUCUUUGCUCUCUCUCUCUGAAAAAUAAAAAUGCUGAUUAGACACUUGAAUUUUGCUAAACGAUUAACAACCUUUCUUCAAUAUCAAAAGUUCCACAUCCACCUCUUAACCACCAGAGAGUCAAAUCAUUCCCACCUCUCCAUCUCCACCACCACUAACCCAGUCAAUCCAGCCCACCUCCUUCGAGUCUGCACUGUCCUUUACCAACAACAAAAUUCACCUGAGUCACGCCUCCACUCAAGCCUCUCCUCCUGCAACUUCAACCUUACUCACGAAUUCUUCCUCCAAGUCUGCAAUAGCUUCCCCCUUUCUUGGCGCCCCAUUUACCUCUUCUUUCAAUACACUCAAAAGGCAUACCCACAUUUUACUCACAACUCAAUCACCUUCAACAAGAUGGUGGACAUAAUAGGUAAAUCAAGAAAUAUUGAUCUGUUUUGGGAGGUUUUGCAAGAGAUGGGACAGCGUCGUCUAGUAAAUGAUAAGACUUUUAAGAUUGCAUUAAAGACUUUGGCUGAGGUUAGGGAGUUGAAAAAGUGUGUGAACUUUUUCCAUAUAAUGAAUGAUUGUGGGUGUGAUUAUAGUUUGGAGAGGUUAAAUAAGGUGGUGGAGAUUUUGUGUUCAAGUAAACUUGUUGUUGAGGCCAAGUAUUUGGUUUUGAAGUUGAAUGAAUGGAUUAAGCCAAAUGGGAUUACUUAUGGGUGGUUGAUUAAAGGGUUUUGUGAUGUGGGUGACUUGAUUGAGGCUUCCAAGAUUUGGAACUUGAUGGUUGAUGAAGGGUUUAUUUCAAGUGUUGAUGUGGUUGACAAAAUGAUAGAAACUUUUUUCAAGAUUAAUAAAUAUGAGGAGGCCAUGAAGGUUUUUCAGAUGAUGAGAGUCAAGAGAAUGGAUGAGUUGGGGCUCUCAACUUAUAGACUUGUGAUCAAUUGGAUGUGCAAAAGAGGAAAAAUUUCUCAAGCUUAUGUGAUGUUUGAGGAAAUGCUCAAGAGAGGGAUUGAAGCUGAUAAUUUAACAUUGUCAUAUGUAAUUUAUGGGCUUUUAGCAAGGGGCAAAGUUAGAGAGGCUUAUAAAGUUGUUGGAGCUGUUGAAAAACCAGAUAUUAGUGUGUAUCAUGGAUUGAUAAAGGGGCUUUUGAAGUUGAGGAGGGCAAGUGAAGCAACACAAGUGUUUAGAGAGAUGAUAAAGAGAGGGUGUGAGCCUACAAUGCAUACCUAUAUAAUGUUAUUGCAGGGGCAUUUGGGGAAGAGGGGGGGGAAAGGGGUAGAUCCAUUGGUGAAUUUUGACACCAUUUUUGUUGGAGGUUUAGUGAAAGCAGGGAAGUCAUUAGAAGCUACCAAGUAUAUGGAGAGAGUGAUGAAUAGAGGUGUUGAGGUACCUAGAUUUGACUACAAUAAAUUUUUGCAUUAUUAUUCUAAUGAGGAAGGUGUGGCUAUGUUUGAGGAAGUGGGGAAGAAAUUAAGGGAGGUGGGGUUGGUUGAUUUAGCAGAUAUAUUGAAGAGGUAUGGGGAGAAAAUGGCAACUAGAGAGAGGAGAAGAGAUAGAGCUGAUGAGCCAUAAGAUGAGUUCAUAGAUCUAAUUGUGAAUUUUACUUGUAUAAAUUACUAGACAUAGCAUAUUGCACUACUUGAGUCAUGAUUUAUCUUUCAGAGUGAGCAGAUCAAUGAUACCAAGUCUGAUGGUUGUUCAAUAGAACUCCUAUUCAGUUGCUCUCUUAAACUAAUGAUUUUGCGGUUCAUUUAUGUCAUGAUGCCGUACAAAUUGAUGUGCGGAGCAGAACCUAAAAGUACAGAUGACUUGGAUUGCUUCAAAGGCAUGCACAUGUAUGUCUUGUGUGGAGAUGUGGAGCUGAUUGCCUGUGGAAGUUAGCAGAUGAGAAGGAAAACGGGGAUCUAAACAAAGGCAUACAAACCAAGUGGUUAUUGGAAGGAUUGAAGAUGCAUAGGAGGUGACUCUGUACCUUAAUGAUCAGAAAAUGACUAAUGAAUAAUAGUAUUUGAACCAAGGU